AUGGCUCGCAAAAAAUGGAUCGAUAAGAAAACUGCGACUCAUUUCACUCUCGUACAUCGCCCACAAAAUGAUCCGUUAAUUCACGAUGCAGAGGCCUCGUCUAUGGUCCUGAACCCCACAGCCUUACCAAACGCGAAUAAAUCCAAGAAACUCGACGACCUUGCCUCCGAACUUGGGUCCGAUGUGGAACAGAUCAGAGACAAUGAGGGCGAAGCUGCCAACUAUGGCGUUUACUACGAUGAUACCGAGUACGAUUACAUGCAACACAUGCGCGACUUGGGAAAAGGCGGAGGAGAAGCCCAUUUUGUGGCAGCCCCUGCACCCAAGAACAAGGGCAAAGGGAAGCAAUCUCUAGAAGAUGCGCUGCGGGAUGCGAGUAUUGAAGAUCGGGCGGAAGCGUUGUUCGAUGAAGAAAUCUUACCUUCAAAAAAUCUCCGAAAGGCAACAUAUCAAGCCCAGCAAGAAGUUCCAGAUGCGCUCGCAGGAUUUCAACCUGAUAUGGACCCAAGAUUAAGGGAAGUCCUGGAGGCUCUAGAGGACGAGGCUUAUGUGGAGGAGGAUGAUGAUAUCUUUGGAGAGUUGGCGAAAGAUGGUGAAGAGAUCGAGGAGGAGGAAUUCGAACAAGGUGCGUGGGAUGAGGAUGAUCAGGGGUGGGAGUCGGAUGACACAGCGAAGCCUGCAAAAGAAUAUAAAGACCCCCCAGUUGCGGCAGAAUCCACCGAAAACGACGAGCGAGAAGACCAUGGAGAUGGCGACUGGAUGGCGGACUUCAGCAAGUUCAAGAAGGACCAGAAGUUUAAAGGACCAGCCCCACCAUCAGACUUUCAAUCUUCACUCAUGACUACCACCACGAAUGGAGGUCGGAAGAAGAAGAGAAAGGGAGCCUUGACGAACCCAUCUACUUAUUCCAUGACAUCCUCAUCAAUGUUCCGAACGGAAGGCCUUACCACCUUAGAUGCACGGUUUGAGAAGAUUGAAGAGCAGUACAACGAGGAUAUGGACGACAUGGACGACACGGGCUCCGUAUCUGCUAUGUCCGCGAUCUCUACUGCAUCAAGCGUGCAGGGUCCAGUGAGAGGGGAUUUUGAUAGUAUCAUGGAUGAUUUCCUCGGUGGUUACUCCAUGAGCGGCAAGAAGCAUGUCAAGAAAGGGAAAUACCAAAGUGGAGCGCAAAUCCUAUUCACCACCGGGUGUCUCCUCCAUAAAUAUCCUCUGCUCUCCUCCGCGCUUACUCUCCAUGAUUCACGACAAGAACGAUGCUGCUCCGAGGCAGUAAUACUCGCAGCACACGCGGGUCUACCCCAAAUCGUUCCAGAGGAUCAAGAGGACGCGGUGCGACGAGUCGAGGAGCUUCAAACUCCUCCAGACAAUUUCAACACCUACAAUUCUCGUGGUGCAGGCAAGCAGCUCAAGUACCAGAAAAUAAACAGUCACUCAAGCUCUACAGGCACCUCAUCGAAAACCCAACCCCCAAACGCCUUCGAACAGGAGCGGAUCGAUAAUGCAGCAAAGCGCGAACAGAGGGGACAUCAUAACGGUACGAUGGUCAAUGGGCGAGGUGGAAGAGGCACCCCAAGAGGAGGUCUUCAAGCCAACAAGCAAGUCCGAUUUACAAACCCCCCCACGGAGCAGAAGGUAGAUCCCUUCAGCAAAGCUGCCUCCCCAGUACCCUCUUCAAACCCAUUCGGAGACAAUACUAAAACGAAUUCUUCCCCGUUCUCCGCUCCGGCCAAUGGUGCAUUCAAUCCGUUUGGCGCAAAGCAAGAUGCUACUACGAAAGCGAAUCCGUUUUCCUCCUCAAGCUCGACGAGCAAUCCUUUCGGGGCACCCUCACAGCCAAGCCCACCUUCAACGGGCGUCUUUGGAGCACCCUCUGGGAACCAAGCGGGUACAAAUUCCACAAAUCCGUUUGGCGCUCCUUCACAGCCUUCGACUUCGACCUCAAGUGUCUUUGAAAUGCCAUCGGGGGAACCAGCUACGAACUCCUUCAACCAACCUUCGAUGGGUGUAUUUGGAGUACCAUCAGGUACUAACGCUGCCGUGUCAUCUACGAAUUCGUUUAACAAGCCCCCAACAACGGUUGGCACAUCCUCAAAUACGCCCCUCUCGAAUCCGUUUGGCGCAAAUCCCCCGCCCACGAACGGCUUUGCCAAUGCUACUCCUAGCCCUAAAAGCUCUUUCCCACCAUCUAAUCCGUCCCCCUUUGGAGCCCCCACAAAUGGAAAUGCUUCAAACUUCUCUAACAAGUCCAACGGUGCAUCGAAUGCAUUUGGCUCACGCCCCUCCACGACUUCUGCACCUUCGAAUGGUGCUUUCCCCAGGCCGAGCACAAACGGAUUCCCAACCACAAAACCUUCACCACUAUCAAAAUUUCCUCCCCAGUCUGCAAGUCGCGUCAAUGGCACCGCGAGCAGCGUUUCAGCGGCCAAGAUUGACCAACUCCUCCGGAAAGAGAGAAUAAUUGCUCCAUCAUGGCCCGAUUUGGCCCCUAAUGAUCCGAACUUUAAGCCCGCAGUGGAAACUUACUGGAGAGCCUCAAAAGAAUAUAGGAAUAAAGUCCGCGCAUGUCUGAUACGUGCUGGCUUAUUUGACGAUCCAGAUAAGCCAAAGAAACUGAGCGAGGCUAUUGAUUUCAACGGAAUCUGUGAGGAUAUGUGCCCGGAUUUCGAAAAGGCCAAUAGGAUCUAUGAGCGAAAUGUCAUGGGUGCAGAAACGGUAGUUGGUCCUGACGGGCAAUCAUACCCAGCUCCCCAUAAAAUGAUCAAAGCUUUUGCGCGAUCAGCUGCUGGUCAAGAUGCUCCUUUACCUAUGGAUGUGAGAUCGCCUGCAGCUCUCACUAGAACCCUCGACUAUCUCUUCAGAUCUGUCUUAGGGGACGAAGAAGAAAACCUCCCCAAGGUACAUCCCUUUCUGUGGGAUCGAACUCGAGAAAUUCGUCGGGACUUCGUCUUCCAGCAGGCUUCAAUAAACACAUCCGAACUGCCUGACCAGAUCUAUUGUCUCGAGCACAUAACUCGAUUUCACGUGAUGGCUUUACAUCAACUGUCAAGACAAGGUGUGGAACCAGCCGAAGAAUUUAUAGAACAACAGGAGAGGGAACAGCUAGGAAAGACACUGCUUUCCCUGAUGCAAACAUACGACGAUUGCGAAAUACAAGGUGUGGAUUGUAAAAAUGAAGCGGAAUUCAGAUCAUACUAUGCCUUGUUAAACAGUGACAGUCCAGGGAUAUUGCAGACUGUCCAAAACUGGGGUUGGAAGUAUUGGGGAGAGUCGGACCAGAUUCGUACUGCAAUAACUCUUGUGGAAGCGUUGCAAAACACCUGGGACGCACGGGGCCCUCUGAAACCUCAAGCCACCACGGACGUCGCCCAAAACGCCUUCUCGCGAUUUUUUACCAUCGUUGCAGACAAGAAGGUGUCCUAUACCAUGGCAUGUUUCGCUGAGAUACAUUUCAAUAGCGUACGAAAAUCGAUCCUGAAGACAAUACUUGCAUCAUACCGCAAACAACGAGACCAGACUAAGGAUUGGACGCUGUCCAAAUUGAACGAGUAUCUGAGAUUCGACGAUGAAGGCGACAUUAUCUCAUUCGCCGAGGCGUAUGGGCUAAGUUUUGACGAUAUCGAUGGUGAAGAAUGCCUAUCUUUCGAGUCAGAAGGGGUAUCAGAUCCUUUCCCGCCGCUGAAGCAAAACCACUCCUACGAUCUUGUAGAGCGGAAGCGUGGUUCUCACUCAUUGCUGGAAGUUAUCUACAGCACGGUUUACGACGAGGAGGAAGUAAAGAUUCAGGAGAGUGUGGAAGAGAGCAGUAUCGAUGAAGAAAGCUUAUUCGUGAAUGAUGAUGACUCUUCAGCCCAACAAACAAAGCCCACAAACGUCCCAACCACCACCAGAGGCUCUAGUAAUGGUCAAGAAGCCGACAAGACGGCUGUGCAAGAACGUAUCACGACGCCUGGAUCAUUAUUCGACAGGAUAACGCAGCCAAAAACGUUCAACAAUGAUGUUUUUAACUUGAAGCCUGCUGAGGAACCCCCAGCUGCGCAGCCAAUCUCCCCCUUGUUUUCUCCAAAGGCCCCAGAGACCUCGGUCGAAGGUGCUCCCGCGGUCGCAAAGCAGCCCGACAGUCCUUUCUCUUUUACUAAAAAGCUAGAGACCUCCUCACCCUUCACACCACAAUCCGAUCCCUCUUCUGCAUUCUCGAAGCAGGCAGCGAAGGAAUCGCCCUCUAUUUUGAAACCAUCGACCCCCACCCAACCUUCGCCCCUAUUUAAACUUGGUCAGCCACCCUCUACCACACCUACAGAAAAUAAUAUUCAAGAACCGCUGUCUUUGGGGAAAUACGCCGUUUCUGCAGCCCCUCCUGAGACUUCAAUUCCACCCCCAUCGUUCUUCGGGCAGCAACCAGUCGCAGUUUCUGAACCUUCAAAUAGACCUACGUUCCCCACGAGCCAAUCCCCGUUGCCUCAGUCUUCUCUGUUCAACAAGCCCUCUACACCUGCGCCUGCAUUCCCCCCUUUGCAGCAAAACGCCGCUUCCGUGCCUCCGCAACCUGACGCACCGAACUUCCCCCAAAACAACUUCCAGGGGGUCAGUGGGCAAAACCAAAUGAACCCAACGAAUUGGUCUAAUCAGCCUCGAAGCCUCAGUCGGGAAGCGAGACUGGGCCGGUUAGCAAAUUGGGUUGUGCUGGGAGAAGAUGGUCUAUUAGAACAUUUUACUCAGUUGACCGUGGAAAAUAUACUUAAGGAAACUGUAGAGUUGUUCCAGAAGGAUGAGUAUGAAAAGGCCACCAGAAAGGCAGACGAGUUGGCGAGAAAAGAAGCCGAUCAAUUUAGGCAAUACUUCUUAAGCACCAAGUACUUGAACAAGUGGAGGCAGGGAGCGCGCCAACUAUGGCAGAAGCGUGUAGGCAGGGAAAAUCGUCAAGCGAUGCGGGAAAUGGCCGAGAGUAUGAGAGCCUCUAAGGCAGCGCAGUCUGCGAACAUAGUGGAGGAUUUUCGGGCUUCUGCGCGGGCUUCUACGGGUGGUAGUCGAAGAGGUAGCUUGGAGAGCCUGCUUGGCGCAACGGGCAUCCUAAGUGGCGUGCAUGAUUCGCAAAGGCAGAUCCGAGCCAUUGUUCGGAAUGAGGACGAAUCGACUGUUCAGAAAUCACAGCAAUCCGAACGACCGUUCAAAAAGCCCAUAAAGAGGCAUCAACGCGGCAAAUCUGAUGUCCCGCUACGACGUUCUUUGAUGUCUGAUUCGUCGUAUCUGAAUGGUGGAUCGCGCAUACAUCUAAUGUCUAAGUACGAUGUCAAAGAUGAAAACCGUCGACAGGUCAGUGGGGUACAUACUGAUUACUUCCGUCUAAAAGCAAGGGGGAUCACAACCCUGCCUGGUGGGACACCCAUGCCAACUUCCGCGGCUAAAGAGUUUCUUCGACACAAGCGCUCUUUUGACGGAAUCUCAAAACAACCGACACCACAGCGACCUAGUCACUAUUCGAUACCAAGAAGUGUACCAUCAAGGUAUUCGACAGAGGCCGGGCAGCGCGAAACGACUUUGGAACCGGACGAGAAUAUUAGGGAUCUGAAGGAGAGGACUAGAGCAGGGAUUUUGAACGAUAGUCAAACAAGGCGGAAGCGGUCCUUCGAUGACAACGAUGAUGAGGCUCUCUUCGAAAGAGCGAAAAGAGUCAGAGAACAGCUGGAUGAAGGGUCAGAAUGGUACAGAAAAGAAACAGAGAGUCAUUCGCGGAGUGUGUCUUGA